UGUUCAUAUAAAUAAUCUGUAACUACAUUAAAUUUUCAAAACUAGAAGACAUAUAUAUAUAUAUGGAAAAGUUCUCAAUGGGUAUUACCCACACAUGGGUACCUAGAUAAAUGUACAAAUAUGCUGACAUGGCAUGUAGGUGACUUGGUACAUCAAGUUACCAACAAGUAAAGAUUCUUUUUUUUUUUGCAUAGAUUCUUUUUUUUUUUUUUGCAUUAAUUUCGAAAUUGGCUUUUUUUUUUUUGUCAUUAGGAAUGGUGAUUCCAACCAAUAAGAGGUCAAAAUUGCUUUUAGAUCGCGCUCGUCGGUAUAGAUCUCCUAUGAAAAGUUUGGAGUCGUCCUCUUCAAUGUUCGAAAGUAGAACUCGGCGUUGUCUUCAUAGUGAGUCUUAUUGUUCUUUUUGUAAGGAAUACGAAAACCAUGUAUGUGUAGAUGAGGUAGACCGUGAUGUUCCUAUCCCACCAUGGAGUUUUGUCAUACCUGAUGAAGAUGGUGAUGCAAUAACCAUUAAUAUACCAUCAGAUGUAAACAAAGGGAACCUUCAAAUUCCAGACCAUGUAAAAUGUGUAUGUAUUAUUUUUUAUUAUUAUUAUUAUUUUAAUUAUUUUUGAAAUUUUAUAUUAGUUUAUUUUUUACAAGUUGGGGUGGCAAAAGUAAAUGCUUUGCUCACAAUGGUUGUUGGUUUGCAAAAUAUUUUGGUUACAAAGAUCCUUGAAUCUAGAGAUAGGUUAAAUGGUUCAAAUAAUA